AUGGCUCUAGCCGCCCUUCCCUACCACGAGCCUGGGAUCGUGACGAUCUUGAUCCAGUCGUCUUUUCUACUCGUUCUCAAUGGCAUCAAUUGGAUCCUCGAUAAUGCUAUUUACUGUGGUCUUGUUGGUCAGAUCUUGAUCGGAGUGGCUUGGGGAACGCCUGGUGCGAAUUGGUUGUCGGAAGAGGUCCAAGAUACUGUUAUGCAGCUGGGCUAUCUUGGGUUGAUUUUGAUAGUUUAUGAAGGUGGUCUGUCGACUUCUUUCGCGUCUCUGUGGUCGAAUAUCUACCUCUCUGGUUUGGUCGCUCUUAUUGGCAUCACGCUACCUAUCGGUCUGUCUUAUGUCUUGAUGGGACUGCUGGGAGCUACUCCCGUGCAAGCAUUUGCCGCUGGAGCUGCAUUGUGUUCAACCUCUUUGGGUACGACCUUCACCAUCCUCAACACCAGUGGUCUCGACAAAAGCAGACUAGGUGUUAUCCUUUCCAGUGCAGCCAUGCUGGAUGAUGUAGCUGGUCUUGUUAUGGUCCAAGUCAUAUCCAACCUUGGACAGUCUGCCAACUCUUUUACUGCUAUAACAGUCAUUCGGCCAGUAUUCGUGUCCAUCGCUUUCGCCGUCGUUGUACCUGCUGUCUGCUGGGCUGUCGUGAAGCCUAUCACGAAAUCUACCCUAGCUCAGACGGCAAAGAAAGAUGAGGAGCAGUCAAAUCUACGAACCUGGAUUUGUACACCUGUUGCAGCUUUCAUUGCACAUACUCUGGUUCUGUUAGGUCUUGUCACUGGAUCUACUUAUGCUGGUACUUCCAAUCUGUUCGCUGCUUAUAUUGCUGGAGCUGUGAUAAACUGGUGGGAUGCACUUGUUGACGCGACAUUACAAGAGCAAGUUUCUGCUAUUAUAACGGAAAAGAAAGCCCGCAAGGGAAAGAAGACCACUCAGCCGCAAAGAGAAGGAGCUGUUGUCUCCAGCCCUACGUCUUCUGACAAUUCUGCACCUGAUGCUUGUGAACCAGCAAUCGACCGACCUGUCUCAGCAACACAUGACAAGUUGAGAGGAGCCGUGAUCUACGAGCAUAUGUAUGCACCAGCCAUGAACACUAUCUUGAAGCCAUUCUUCUUCGCAUCAAUCGGCUUUUCUAUCCCCAUCACACAAAUGUUCCGUGGUGCCAUCGUAUGGCGAGGCAUCGUAUACACAAUCCUCAUGAUCCUAGGCAAACUAGCCUGUGGUCUGGUACUCGUACGCUUCACAAGCACACCAACCAAAGUCCAACUACCCGAAGGACAGCAAACCACCAACACAACACCAUCAACCGAUGCCUCGACCGACCAAACCAACCCCCAACAACCGCCCUCCGCAAAUUCAAAACGCAAACGCCAACCGCCUCGCAAACUCCCAAAACCACAAUCACUAUACCCAUCCCUAAUGCUAGGCAGUGCAAUGGUCGCGCGCGGUGAAAUUGGCUUCUUGAUCUCCUCCUUAGCCGAAAGCAAUGGUAUUUUUGGCACAACACAAGGAGGAGAAAGUUCAGACAUCUUUCUAGUCGCAACGUGGGCGAUUCUUCUCUGUACAAUUAUCGGCCCAGUCAGUAUCGGUACAAUGGUCAACCGAGUACGCAGACUUCAAAAGGCUAGAGUGAGCGAUACGGUAAACUCGGAUCCACUAGGCGGAUGGGGGGUUGAGGGUUAA